AGGAGGAGGUCGGAGGCCAAGAGGAGCGCGAGCCGCCGGCGCCGGGCCGGGCCAUGGCGUUCCUGGCCGGGCCGCGCCUGCUGGACUGGGCCAGCUCGCCACCGCACCUGCAGUUCAACAAGUUCGUGCUGACUGGCUACCGGCCGGCCAGCAGCGGCUCGGGCUGUCUGCGCAGCCUCUUCUACCUGCACAACGAGCUGGGCAACAUCUACACGCACGGGCUGGCCCUCCUAGGCUUCCUGGUGCUGCUGCCGAUGACCAUGCCUUGGGGUCAGCUGGGCAAGGAUGGCUGGCUGUGGGGCACACACUGUGUGGCCUGCCUGGCCCCCCCGACAGGCUCUGUGCUCUAUCAUCUCUUCAUGUGCCACCAAGGGGGAAGCCCUGUGUAUUCUCGGCUCCUUGCCCUGGAUAUGUGUGGGGUCUGCCUUGUCAACACCCUAGGGGCUCUGCCCAUCAUCCACUGCACUCUGGCCUGUAGGCCCUGGCUGCGCCCAGCCGCCCUGGUGGGCUACACCGUGCUGUCAGGCGUGGCUGGCUGGCGGGCCCUCACCGCUCCCUCCACCAGUGCCCGGCUCCGCGCCUUUGGUUGGCAGGCUGCUGCCCGCCUCCUGGUGUUUGGGGCCCGAGGAGUGGGGCUGGGCUCUGGGGCUCCAGGCUCCCUGAACUGCUACCUGCGUAUGGACGCGCUGGCACUGCUCGGGGGACUGGUGAACGUGGCCCGGCUGCCAGAGCGCUGGGGACCUGGCCGCUUCGAUUACUGGGGCAACUCGCACCAGAUCAUGCACCUGCUCAGCGUGGGCUCCAUCCUCCAGCUGCACGCCGGCGUCGUGCCUGACCUGCUCUGGGCCGCGCGCCAUGCCUGCCCCCCAGACUGAGCCACCUCCUGCCCGCCACGCCGGCCUCUCUACGGUCUUCUAGGACUAACAGUGCCCUGCUCCACUCCUGCCGCCGGUGUGCAAGGGACUGCUCCCUGGCCGCUUCCCGCCAACAGGACUUGGCAGCGGGGAGCCUCAUCUCUUUGCCCAUUCUUCCCUGUGGACCAGGACCAGCUUCUCCAACCCACACCCUGGAGCUCCACCUCCCCUCCUUGCCUUCCUUCGGGGUACUGUCUAUGUAGGCUAGAAGGAAACCUUUCCUUCCUGGGCCUCAGUUUAUCUUCUGUGACCUUGGAGGGUAUGGCCAGAGGGACUCUGAGGUCAUGCCUUGCUGUGACAGAAUUCUGCCGGCCCAGAGCUGUCACCCCACCCUACCCCACACAUAAGGUACCUCAUGGGGGCCUUGCCCGGCCUGCAGCCCUAUUUCCUGACCUCUGUCUUUCUGCUCUGCAUGCCAGGCCUCCUAGCCGCCUAAGGCUCCCCUUCUCCUUUCUGUUCAGAGACCACGGAGUGAGGGGUUUGGGCAACAGGACCAGCCUCUUAUCCGAGGACCAAGGGGGAGGAGGGAGGCUGCAGCUGCUGUUUCCACACAGCUAGCACAGACCCCAAGACCUGAUUGGGCUGAGGACCACCCUCUACCCUGAGUGCCACGCUCUGAUGGCUCGACCAACACCCUGGGGCCAUGCCUGCUCAGGAAGUCUCUGCUCCGCAAAGCGCAUGCUCCUAGCCGCGGUGUGCUGGCCUGGGGCCCUGCAUCAGGGCUCAGCCACUGCCCAUCCCAGGGCCCCAGACCCUGGGCACCAUCAAUAAAUGGGGCAGGAAGAGCUGUUGCCACACACGCAGGCUUGGGUGCUCCCAAGAUUCAAAAACCUUUUAUUAGACAUGGCUAUAGGCAGAAGGAACCCCUGGAGUUCCCAGAGGGACCCCAGCCUCCAGGCGGAUUGGGGAGGGGGCAGUGGCUAAAAGGUUAAAAACACCAAGGCCGGCCUGUGGACUCACGUUGGGCCCAGUGAGUCCUCAAAGAGGCUGAGGAGGUUCCGAGGUUCAAAGGAGGGGAAGGAACCCCGAGGGGGCUCAGAGUCAAUGUCACUUAGGUCCAGGGCAUCCCUGGGGUGGGGAGGAAGAGAGACAAGUGACACUCAGGAUCCGAAAGCUACCACCUCCCACCCCCUGGACUCUGGGCCUGCUCACCUUAGGGUGUACCUGGUCCGGGGGGCGGGGGAGCCUUUGCGCGGGGUGGAGGUGUCCCUGAUAGCCCUGGCCAGGACGGCCUCUGGAGAGAGCGAGGGCCUGCACGGGGCGGGCCAGACAAGUAAGGUGUCGGCAGUGGGGAGUGCGGGGGUGGGGGGUGUGCACAAGAUCAGCCCUUUCCCUGGGCAGACCCCAGGCCCCUGCCUGACGAGGGCACGGCCCCUGGCGGAAGCCGUGAAAGCACGGUGCCCUGUGAAAGAGGCACUUUCACAACUUUUAAAGGCCGUCUGGCCACACUCAAAGGCCACCUCUGUUCCUUUUCAGGACAUGUGGGUUUUGACAGCUGGCUUGGAAGUGAACUUGUGACAGAUGAAGCCUUUCUGGUACCUCAUGUCUGAUAUAAAGUGUCCCCAUGGCGAUGGGGUGACAUUUCCUUAAAAA